CGCCCUCAGUCCCCGGGCUCUGGCUCACUGGGGUGGCUGGGACCGUUAGCUCGCCAGGCUGGCAGGCUCGGGGGCCCAGCUCCGCCGGCGCCCGGGAUGGAGACGAUGCGAGCCCAGCGGCUGCAGCCCGGCGUCGGCGUCGGCGGGAGAGGCACCCUGCGAGCUCUGCGGCCGGGGGUGACCGGGGCCCCGCCGGGCGCCGCCACACCCCCCGCGGGCCCGCCGCCGGCCCCGCCGCCCCCCGCCCCGCCCCCGCCGCCGCUGCUCCUGCCCGGGGCCCCCGGCCUGCCCCUGCCCCCCGGCGCCGCGGGGAGCCCUGCGGUGCUGCGCGAGGCGGUGGAGGCGGUGGUGAGGAGCUUCGCCAAACACACGCAGGGCUACGGCCGAGUGAAUGUGGUGGAAGCCCUGCAGGAAUUCUGGCAGAUGAAGCAGUCCCGGGGCGCCGACUUGAAGAAUGGGGCUCUGGUGGUCUAUGAGAUGGUUCCUUCCAAUAGUCCUCCCUACGUCUGCUACGUCACUCUGCCAGGGGGGAGCUGCUUUGGGAGUUUCCAGUUUUGCCCCACAAAAGCUGAGGCCCGGCGAAGUGCUGCAAAGAUUGCCCUAAUGAACUCCGUGUUUAAUGAACACCCGUCCCGAAGAAUUACGGAUGAGUUUAUUGAGAAGAGUGUCUCAGAGGCCCUGGCAUCUUUCAAUGGUAACAGAGAGGAAGCCGACAACCCCAACACAGGGAUUGGUGCUUUCCGAUUCAUGCUGGAAUCCAACAAGGGCAAGUCAAUGCUGGAGUUCCAGGAGCUAAUGACAGUUUUUCAGCUGCUGCACUGGAAUGGCAGCCUGAAGGCCAUGAGAGAAAGACAGUGCUCUCGGCAGGAGGUAUUGGCUCAUUAUUCACAUCGGGCCCUGGAUGAUGAUAUCCGCCACCAGAUGGCUCUGGACUGGGUGAGCCGGGAGCAGAGUGUGCCAGGAGCACUGUCAAGAGAGCUGGCCUCCACUGAGCGGGAGCUGGAUGAAGCCCGGCUGGCAGGCAAGGAGCUGCGCUUCCACAAGGAGAAGAAAGACAUCCUCAUGCUGGCCGCUGGGCAGCUGGGCAACAUGCAUUCCUCCAGCUGCUGAGCUCCAGCCCCUGCUCACCAUGCUCUUUGGGCCCUGAUUUUGUAUGUCUCCUUUCUAAGACGUAGGAUGAUUUCUGUAUAUACUUUCUCAAUUUUAUACUUUAAAAUAUAGAUAUAUAUGUAUAAAUUCUACACCUGGAUUCCUAUUUGCUAAGAGAUCCCUUUUCUAACUUCCAGUUUGGGGAGGGCGUUAGUUUUGAAAGGCCACUAUUCCCUUUUAGAGCUUGGCCAGCUCUUAAGCCCUCAGAUUAACCAAGUCACUAACAUGUACUACUGAAACAAGUCACUUCAGCAGUACAGCACAACCCGCUACGCGGUCAUCUGUCUUUUAAAGUAGCGGACAGGUGUGAUGACUCGUGGCCGCCAUCUCUGCACAGUACUGCUGUCAGUCUGGGGCCAGCCUGGACUGCAGGAGCUCCGGACCAGCGUGGGCUCCAGUGUGGAAGGUCCUGUCUCACUCAACUCCCUCUCCUCCCACAUGUAAAUGACAGUCAGAGCGAGGAGUAUGUGCUUCCCCCUCACCCAAAUUCCUACUUUCUCCCAAACUGAACUAGGGCGGGAGCGUCUGCUUUUGGUUGAGGCAGACCUCUGGAUGCUGCUGCUCACCUUGCUCCAUCCUUGCCUCUAAAUGUCCUUCAUUCAGGGGUUUCCCUACCGUAUCCAGAAGGAAUAGGGAAUCUGGCUUCUUUUUGUUUUGUGAGACAUCUUACUGUGGCCUGGAACUCAUUCUGUAGACUAGGAGGGUUCCAGACUUUCGGUAGUCUUCCUGCUGAGAUCACAGGCCUGGCUCACCAUGCCUCACCUGGGUUUUAUUUUGUAGUAACUCCUGAGAAACUGCCUAAGAACAAGAGAAUCAUAAACCCAGUUCAUAGGGUGGUGAGCGGCACUACCUAAAGCACUUCUGGGCUCAUCAUUCCCUUGGAGCAGUCUAGAUUUCUGGAGGUCCGAGGCAGAGGGUUACAGCUUUCACCAUUCCCUGGUGUCACUUCUCUCCUACUCACCAUGCUUAGUAAAGACACACACACAGACCUUUUCCACUUCAUUUUGUUUAUGUAGCCCAGGCUGGCCUCAGACCCUCCACAGGCUAGGAUUACAAUAACACCAGCUCCCUGCCUUAACCCUUCCUUCGGUGGUUAGAAGCAUUUUGUUCUUUAGAAACGGUAUCUCAUCUGUUUAGUGAGAACCGUGUCCCUCCCUUGUACACUGCGUUGUGCACCCCUUAGAUUCUCAUUUCCUGUUUCUCCUUUUCCUCCACAUGGACUGGGGGAACAUGGGUAGAUGAGACUUGGAUGAGAAUAUGAUUCUUCCUAUGUGCAAUCAGGGAAGCCUACAGGAGAGGAAGGUGAACUCACUAGUUGUGUGUGAAAUGACCUGGAAGCCAGGCAGAGCUCUGUACCUUGGAGAGUGUAUGUAGUGAGCUCUGCGUCCCCCUCUCUGCGAUCUCUACGAUAGCGCAGUGUACUCUCUAUCAGUUUGGGACUUUUUUUGUUUUUUUGAGACAGUGGGGUUUCUCUGUGUAGCCUUGGCUAUCCUGGACUCACUUUGUAGAUCAGGUUGGCCUUGAACUCCUAGAGACCUGCUUGCUUCUGCCUCCCUGCAAUCUGCUGGGAUUACAGGUGUGCACCACCAGGUCUGGCCAAUGACACAUUUUAAUCUACUAAAUUCAACUUCUCAUUUAAUAAUUACAGUUUGCUUUUAGAUUAGGCACUGGGUCUGGUGGUGCAGGUUUGUAAUCCCAGCUAUCCUAGAGGCUGAGGCAAGAAGAUUGGACAUUCAAGACCACCUAGAGGGAGUUCAGGGGUAACCUGGGUAAUUUAGGAAGACUGUCUCAAAGACAUGAAGUAAAGACAAGGCUGGGGCCAGAGCUUAGCCGUAGAGCCUGACUGGCGCGUGGGGCCUCAGUUUCAUCUCAAUUGCACAAAGGGCAGGGGUGAGGGGAGUAGGAGACUUGGAGGGGAGAGGGAAGGAAGUAGAUUAGAUAGGUUAGCUCACUGUGUGGGAGCAAGGUGAAAAGUAGCUUUCUUGCUUUUGAAAUCACCUUGGGACAAAGAUCCACAGGAUCGGGAUAGGGAGUCCAGUUACAACAGUGUCGGUACUUAGAAAAGAGUUCUUUGGUUCCUUCAGUUAGCUUGUCUCUUUAUUUCAUAAAACACGCUGGGCCCGAACAGAGGCUCCUGCAUGACAUGAUUGGUGAAACCUGUUAAAUGGGUAUCUGUAGCCCAGGAGCUUCAAAUUCUCCAGUUUCUUCCGUGCUUCUUUGUGUAUGAUGUCUUGAGGAUUAUGAAUUUUGGGAAGAAUUGUCCUUGUACCUCCUGGAUUUAUUAUUUUUCUCAAAACAAAAAAACCAAGACUCCAAAGAACAUGAGAAAAAUUGUUCUGUCCACUUUUGAUGUUAAAGAUUUUAGUUAUCUUUUUGGUACUUUCUAUGUAUUUUAUAUGUAAAAUUUUACACAAUUAAAAAUGUUUUUUGUUUUUUGC